AUGGUUUUCUGCAUUGACCAGAGGAUGCCCUCCAACUCACACAGUGAAUCCCCCCCGGAAAGGUUAUCCCAGAUUCAAGUUGAUGAUAAUGAGUCCUAUGAGGUCCGGAAAGAGGCCCACCUCACAAGAGUAGGAAAAGGUGUAAAGAGUGGUGUCACAAACUUAAGAGAAGAAGCCAUAGGACCUAGGAGUCCAGGAUUCCAGGCUCAAUGUCGCCAUCAGCCCAGCAGGAAAGCCCUAAGAAGCCAAGGUCCCGGGGACCCUAGGCUGGCCGCUCCCACCCCCCAAGCUAAUUCACUGGCCGCACCCAAGGGAGGCACCCAAGGCCAGCUGGGGCACAGAGCCUCCAUGAAGGAAGAGGAGGAAGAGAAGGAGCCUGCUGGGGCAAGUUUGGGAAACCUGCAGCAGAGGACUCAGUCCAGGAUUGAAAAGAAGGUCUGUGAGGUGGUCCAGUUCCUGCUAGUGAAGGAUCAGACAAAAGUGCCAAUCAAACGAACUCAUAUUGUGAAUACCAUAACUAAAGAAUACAAGAAAAUAACCACAGAAAUCAUCAACCGACCUGGGCUGAUGUUGGAGCAGGUGUUUGGAACAGAGUUGAAGAAGGCUGAUGACAAGGGUCCUGCUUCUUUGCUCCUUAACAAAUUGGAGCCCCUAGAAAAUGGUUGCAUGAGGCCAAAACAUGAUACAGCAAAGACGGGGCUUCUGAUGGUGAUUCUGAACCUCAUUUUCACGAAGGGGAACUCUGCUAAGGAGGCUGUGGUUUGGGGCAUGCUCAGGAAGGUGUGGCUCCACUCAGACAAAAAGGUCCACUUUGGGGAUGUGAACAAGCUGGUCACUGGUGAAUUUGUCCGCCAGAGGUGUUUGGAGUACAACCGGAUUCCCUACACUGACCCUGAGGAAUAUGAGUUCCUCUGGGGACCCAGAGCUUUCCUAGAGACCAGCCUGGAGUAG